CUGCCAAUCCGCAGAAGUACAGCUGCCCGCGUACGUUUGAAGACAUUUGAAAAGUGGGGAAAAUAUACAUUGGAGUGGGCGAUUUUGAGAUUUCGUCUGAAAUGGCUGGCAAAAUGAAAGUUGCGGAUGACUGUAGCUAUAAAACAUUCUCUGUUUGCGAAAGUGCCGCUGAUAGCAGCAGCACCAGAGUGGAGGAAGAUGGAGAAAGCGACGGUCCAGCGGUGUUUAUGUGCGGCAAAUGCAAGCUGCCCAUCGGUGACAGUCUGUCCUGGGCAGGCAGUGACGACGAGCAGAACCAAAUCAUGCUCAAACGGAUCACUGACAAUGUUUUCAUAGGCAAAGAACCCUUUGUUUCUGGUACCCGAAAGGAGCUUGGAUGCCUGGUUGUGAAUCUCACCUGCCGUGGCUGUUGCUCAGAAUUAGGAAUUAUGUACAUAUCAACCCCAAAAAAGCUUGAUUACAAGAGAUCUCUUUUCUGCUUUAAUGUUGAAAAUAUUGAAAGGUAA